GGACAAUAGCGCAGGCUCCGUCUUCCCCACCGUCUCUUCUUCUUCCCCCAAGCUCGUCCAUGGCCACCUCCCCACCAUCUCCCUCAGCACACGCCGAGCUCCCCUCCGAUCUGUUCAGAGCAGGGAGCAGCAGCUCCCAUUCCCCAGCAACAUCUUCCUCAUCGGCGCCCCCUGCUCGGAGCCUCCCAUGGCGCAAUCGCCCAUGGCCGAGGUUCCCCCUGCUUGGCCUCGCUUCCGUGGGCACUAGCAGCAGAAGCUCCCAAGCACAGAGCCGUUCUUCCCCAAGGAGCGGGCGCCAUUUCUCCCAUGGCCGAGCUCACCACCUGCUAGGACAAGCCGGACCCCUCUGCUCCUCCAUGGCUGUGAGCUCAACGUCCCCUUCUUCCUCCUCUAAUGGGCAGCUCGACUCCCUCUACUCCAUUCCCCCACUCGGCACCCAACUUUCUACAGGAGCUUGCCAAUGCUCUCCUCCCCCCACUCAGCACUCCUCUUCCCUUUUCUCUGUGAUGGGCGCAUGCAACCGUAAGCUCCAUGGUCAGAUCCCUGUCUUCCCCAUCGACGCUAGUUAUUCGAACCUGCACCCUGUCAACUUCCCCAAGGCAAAGACUCGGCGCCCCCUUCUCUGUCCCUACUCCUCCCUCUAUGGAUAUUCCCAUGGCGUAGUUCCCCAGCCAGCUUCCUGCCUCCGGCAAGCAGCAAUUGUUCCCUGCUCGCGAGCUCGCCGCCAGGACUCCCAAGUCGCUGCAUGCCCCUGCCCAAGCUCUAAAUCCAUGGCUGGAAUCCUCACCGGAAGCGACGCUAGCCGCGAGCCUCACUGCUCCUUGUGCAUAGUUGUUGUUGUCCAUCGCCUUGAAGUUCCUCCGUCAUCGUGCUGCUUCUUCGCCUCUCCUCCAUAGCACGCCCUCCCCUACAGCUCACCAUCGAUCUCCAUUUUGGAUUGUUGUGGCCAUGUGAAUGGGGUGUUCGACGAAAUGCUAAGUAGGGCAGCGAGUCGUGGAGAGCAUCAUCGAUCUUGAUGUGCUCAUCAUUUUCUCAUGCAACCCCGCCGCCCAUGCAGCUCCAGCACGCCGAUGACGUCUCCCAACUCGUCCCUGCCUUGUCCAUCGCUGUCCCAUGCCUCGCUGUGCUACGCUAGCCGCAGCAGCACAUUACCCCUAUGUCUUACCCUUGUCGUGCUUGCGUGCUGUUCGACAAAAUGCCCAACAGCAGCAUCCCGGUGUCUAGUGUCAUCGCUUUUGGUGCCCUGCUCCAUUCCUGCCUGUUGACGCUAUCCUUCCGGUUUUUUUUGCCACACAAAACAGCAGCCGCAACAACUCCUCUAUGGCGUGUGCUCCACCUUGUUGCGUCGUGGUGCCCGUCGUGCUCCUUCGGCUUCGCUCUGCUCUCCGGUACACGUUGGCACGUUCAUCUCCACGCCAUAUGUGCAGCGGUAUCAACCGAGUUGUUUAUGGUAAGCCGAUUUGUUGUUUCGGGUAGUGUUCGAUUAACGGAUAUAAUAUAUUUUGGUAAUCACAAUGAUUCUUUAUGUGUUGC